UACAUAGACACAGACAGCUACAGAUGUGAGGUGUUGCAGCAGGUUUCACAGGACAGUAGUAGGACGGAGGUAAACAGGUUCUGCAGACGCGCGAUGACGCUUUCUGUGAAAACCCUGGAAAUAUAUCUGAAUUCAACUGCAGCUCAUAGUGAAUCCAGGUGUGUUCCAGCUGUGCGGUGUGUUGCGAUGAAUGCCAUGACAGCAGAUGUCUACAAGAAAACCUACUGGCCCAGGUUGGAAAAAGCAGUUGAACAGCUGCUGACCCAAAGUCCAAUGGAAUACACUUCUAUUUCCUAUGAACAGAUUUACAGUCUUGUUUAUAAGUGUGUAUGUCAGCAAUACUCAGAACAUCUCUACAGUGACCUGAUAUUGAAGAUAACGUCUUACUUACAGCAAGUGUGCUUAAAGUUACAAGACAGCAGACCUGAAAGUUUUGUUGAAAACUUCAAUCUUGCUUUCACUCAAUACAUGGCUGCAAUUCAGUGCAUCAUUCCCGUGUUCAUUUAUAUGAACAAAUUCUAUGUUGAAACUAAGCUGAAUAGAAAGUUGAAGGAUGACCUCAUGGACCUUUUCUCAGCUCAUGUUGCCGAGAAGCAUAUUAGUAUUCUAAUAUCUCAUCUUAAGAAAGCUGAUGCCAUGCCAUUUCAAGUUAAUCCAUCAACCAUGGCAAGUGUGGUAAAAGGCCUUUAUGCUCUGCAACCAGACUGGGCUAAGCUUGCCCCUGAACUGUUUUCUAGAUUUAUUCCCCAAAUUCACCCUCCUGUUUUGGAGUCUGAUCUGCUAUGUUAUGCAGCUCAAGACCAGAAACUGCAAAUGGAGCUUUCGCUAAAUGGUUUUCCCAGGAGUGGCCAGUCACGUAAAAGGGCAAAUGAAGAAUCUUGAAAACCUGGAUCUGGAAAAUCUGGAAACAUGCAAACUCAUAAGAAAAGCUCAGAAAAACUCAGAAACAAGAAAGCUUGCAUGCUACACAUGAAAGAUAUAUGGACUAGGCUAUGUAUGAACUGGAACAAAAAUAUGAAAGGGAGAAUGAUUUUAUGCAGAUGACAAAACAUAAAUAAUAAAAUGUUAUUUUAUUAUGCUAAUAAGAAAUACAUUUAUAUGAAAACAACAGUGCAUUAGCUGUGUUAGAAAUUAAAAUAGUGUGGCAUUAAAGAAAAAUAACUGAUGUAAAAUGCCUUGACAAACCAUAUAGGGCAAUUAAACAUUUGACAAUCAAGUUGAA